AUGCCUAUCAACUGGGACGCCGCCGCUGAGGCAAAGCUCAUGGCCGCCAUCUUCACGGUCUGUGAAGUCAAGGUCUCUCAGCCACAGCUGAAGCAACUCGCUACCAUGAUGGGCUCCGAUUGUACUCCAAAGGCAAUCACCCACCGCCUCGCCAAACUUCGCAAGGCSGGCGGAGAGACGACCCCACAAGCAAAGGAGGACGUUGGCGAGCCCAAGGCCAAAAAAGCCAAGACCACUCCAGUCAAGAAGCCUGCUCGUCAGACCACCAAGAAGGCUCGCGCCGAAACACCCAUCGAUUCCGACGACGAUGAGGAAGCCGGUGUCCAACCCACUCCACCAGCUACACUUGAGCGGCCGCAGCGCAAAAAUGGCGUCAAGCGCAGCUACGACGAGACCAGCAUCAAAGAAGAAGUCAUCGAUGACGAAGAUGAAGACGACGGCAUCACUGUCGGAGAGGACAUUGGUCAGGGUCUCCGGGCAGUUCGUAAAGACUAUAAAAGCGAGGCAGAGGACUCUGAGAUGUCCGAGGCGCUGGAUCUCCCUGAGCCGUAG